GCCGUCGUCGCCGUCGUCGCCGUCGUUGGACGUCGUUGGACGUUGUGCAGUGCUCGCGUCGUCGAUUGUCAUCGCCGCCGAACAUAGCUGAGCGUUAUCGUUGCGCGUGUCACGGUCGUGCUCCAGAGACUGACGAGCAACUGGCCGUGGCGUGCAUUUUUGCAUUGUGUACUUCGUCUUAAAUUUUGGAUGAAAAUAGAGAAUAGACGGAGCCUUCGCUAUGCCAUUGAUCUUAAUUCUGGGAUGAAUUUUUGUGAUUGUUUACUUGAAAUAUAUUUAUCAAUAUUUAAAUUACAAAAGAUUGAAAAUAAUUUUGAAAGAAUUGUGAUAAGAAUUAUGUUAUGAAAGAGAAUAUCUUGGAGUAUAUGUCGGAUAUUGGCGAACAGAAGAAUCCGUUAAACGCAUUACCAAGCAAGGCACCAUAGUGCCAAGCUUGGGUAAUGGAUCCCGUUGGUCCAUGGUACACAUCGUAUAAUCGUCUAACUGCGAGUAGCUCCACCGGUACGUUUCAAACGCCGUCGACUACAACUGGCGACUUUGUACCUCAUCAUUUAACAACUGCCACUCAGGCAGUGCCAUCAACAACGACGUCGCAAUUACUUCUACAGGCGGCUCAUACGACAGCAACUCUGGCGGGUCAACCAUCCCCUUUUAACCCUGGGGGGUUUUUAUCUCCGCCCCCUGUGGGUUACGAAGUCUUUUCACCUUUGUUUCAUUCUAAUUCUAAGCAGGCGCAUUAUGUUACUCAGCAUAGACAAGCACUCACUCAAACGCAUGCGACAAAACAGAACGCCACGACCGAAUCCGAUAUCUCUACGUUGAGAGAGAAUUAUAGCUCACCUCAUCAGACUACGUUUUUUGACCAGCAAGGAGCAUCGACGUCGCCCACAGCAUCAACAUUGGCUUGGACGUCUCAGAAUAACACGCAACUCCCUAGCCCAUUUGGAAUUUUACCGCACGAGAGCGUUGUCUCGUCAUCUCCUGGUCCACCAUCCACAAAAUCUAGUGGCACUGGCUAUGAGAGCACGUUUAAUGCUCAUUUCAAUACGACGCAGACUAUAAAUAAUAUUAAUACGUCUCAAAUAACCAGUCCGCCUGCGUGCAACACAGAUUUCAAGUCGUCCGGCUGUCCGACGGAAUCGAAAAAAUCAGUCAGCGUGAGAUCACCUCAAUCACCUGUCGUUAGCGUUAAGUCCACCAUUUCCACGUCACAAGUCAGCAAUAGUCAAACGUUUUUUCAUCAAGUUCCAACUUUUAGUUCUGACACCCUGACCGAUAAUUAUUCAGGUGCUGGUAAUGGAGGUCAACCCGCCGCUGAAAAUGAGAAAGUGCAGUCAUCGCUACAUCAGCAAUCAUGUAUUGUACCGACACCAAGCAAUUCUUCUGGCAAGGAAUACCGAAUACCUCAACCAUCUUCGAGAUCGACCACGUCAACGACGAUCUUUCUAAACGCUCCCGUGCGAUCGGGCUCCACACAAGGGAUGCAGGAUAAGCAGGGAACACGUAAUGGCAAUUUUGCAUCACCGUCUAAUAAAGCGAUAACUACUACUGCGACACAACAAAAUAUUCAGACUAAAGCGCAGACCAAAAUUUAUCCGGACAUAGGAAGUCAUGGCAUUGAGCAUCGACGAAAUGAGCAACAGGGACAUGAUAAUAGUCAAUCGUCCCCAAUCAGCUUUUCCAUUAUGGAAAAUCGCAACUUGAAUUACACUGCAAAUAAUACCACCAAUUGCAACAACACCAACGGUAAGCUUACGAGCAAUCAGAGGACCUCAUCUAACAACAACUUACAUUCGCAUCCUCAGCAGCAACAGCAGCAGCAACAAACGUUUCAUGUUUUGAAUCAGCAACAGCAGCAACAACAGACUACAUCUUAUAGACAUUAUUUGGCAGGAUCGACAAGCGACACAGAAUAUCAUCCAGUCAGAUCCAAGUCCACGACAUCAACGGAUUCUGCUUACUCGUCCAAUACUUCGACGCAAAAUGGGCCGGAUUGCAGCGUCGUUGUUCCACGACGACCGAGUCCUCUGCAAACUCACUCGCAGGCUAGUCCUUUGGGCCACGUGCCAAGUCCAGCGUAUCCCAUGUACAACAGUCCAAUGGCGACCAUGUCGUCGCCGUCGCCGUUGCAACAGCAUGAGACUAAUGGCAGUCAGUGUACUAAUAGCGCGCCAUAUAAAAGCGGAGUCACUCAACAAGUCACACCGCCAUCACCUUUGGACGUUACUAUUCCUAGAUCGGCAUCGCAGGGACAAGUAGCUUAUUCGUCGGUGAUCACACGAGCGUUGGGCACCACGGAAAAUAAUAAAGUGGUUUAUAACGCAGAAAAUAAAACGUACGACAGACAGCAACAACAGGACUUCUCACAAAAGCAACAGGUCUGUUGGGAAAAUGAUAAUCGGCAAACGGUAAACGGCAAUAGAAAGUUUUCCGUCUAUGCCGGUGUGAAUACGACGACUAGCGAUAUAAAUGCGCAAAGUUUACCAGUUCAACAGCAAGUACAAAGGCUUAUGAAUAUAUCAGCGGACAGACAGCAGUCAUAUUUUGAGGCUAAUCAAGUGGCAUUACAAGAUUUGAGUAGCUGUAGAGGAGAUCCAAUGAGCAUCGUGAAAAAUUUACAAACGUUGCAACAAGGUCCCUGCUUGCAGCAGCACACGACUCUCACUACCUCGGUUAGCACAGCAGAACAACAAAAACAGGAAGAACGACGAAAGGCCGAUAGCGUCAGUAAAAAAAGAAAAAAUGUGGAAAAAGUUGGACACAGUACGUCAUUAUCCAAUGAGUUUACGGGCAGUACAACAAUGACUGAAUAUCUCAGUAGAAUACCUCCACCCGCGCAUCACAACGCGGCGAAUCAACAACAACAGAACGGUUACUUCGAAUUUGAACGAUGGAACUUACCGCCACCGACCGCCAAGAUGUUUCCCACCGCAUCUAGCGCCUUUGGUUCUCAGUCAUUGCAUCAUUCGAGUAACUUCGUUGGUACGCCAGCUCAUCAACAUCAAUCAUUAAUGGUGUCGCACCAUCACGCGCCACCACCCAUCCCAUAUUUUCCGGCUUUUCAUAUCCCUGCGAGCCAUCAUCCGCAUCAUUCGCACGAAUUUCAAUCCUCGGUAGAAAUAACGCCUAUAGGAUUUAGCGAGAACGCCACAAACCAAAACACCAAUUACAAUCAAGAAGUCAGAGACGAUCAGCCUAAAGUAAUUGUUCCUAAUAUCGAGGAGGAAUUAGGUUUCCUUCAGCAGGAUCAGCUAAAUCUGCAGAAUAUAAAUCAAAUGAAUAAGAACUUUAAACGGUCCAACAGAGAUCCUAAUACAGGAUUUAUGACAAGCUAUUUAAAAUUUCUGCAAGGUGAAAGGGAUCCUUCUCCACCACCUGCCAUACGCGGUGGUAGAAAAGCGACAUGGAAUAGGUCGAAACCGUAUAUACCUGUUGAAUCGAAUAAAUCCGCGGAAGUUUCAAUUAAUGGUGAAAGUGUUAAAUCUCAAGAAAAACCGGUGUUGAUAAAGGAGACGUCAGUUAAGGAAACACCGACAAUAGAUUAUGCUAAUGAUCCUAGAUAUUUUCCUCUGCCAAAAGAAAGAAAGAAACUCAAUUUUGAUUCGAGUGACGAUGGAUUUACUAGUGACGAUGAUUUCCCAUUUCCUCCUAAGAAAACGGAGAAAAAAGUGCAGAAUGCAAAUACAAAUAAUAUCGAGGUUAUUACUGUCAAAUCAGAAGGAAAAGGUAGGAAAGGUCGACCUAUUAAGCCUGGUGGUCCUACGGAUAGGAAGAGAAGAGCUGCUGCGGCGGCAGCAGCAGCAGCAGCAGCAGCAGCAGCAGCAGCAGUAGCAGCAGCGGAAGCAGAAAAAAAGUCUUCAAAAAAAAUUGAAGAAGUGGAUCCUUUGCUUCUUCCUCCCAGACGCGAAACAUCGAGAAGAAAAGCAAAAGAAAAAACGUCAGUAAAACAAUUUUUAGAUCGACAGCAGGGUAUAGAUUAUUUCGAUAACGAUGAAGAACAGGUAGAUUCUGAUUCUGAUCCAGCGUGGACACCUGCUGUAAAAUUUGUCGGGGAUGAAGAAGAGAAAAGAAAGAAACGUGCGAGGCCCGUCAUCACUAAAAAGAUUAGAAAGAUGUUAGAAGAGGAUGGCUAUUCAUCCGGAGAAGCUAUUCUCUCAAAAAAAUUGAUGAAAAAGAAGCAUGAGAUAAGCUCGAAAAAUUCUAACAGCUCCAGCAAACUUUCUUGCAGAAUUGAUGAAAAAUUAGUAGCAGCGGCAAGUGACGAAGACAUUGAUAUCUCGCCAUUUAAGCAUUCAAUAGGCAACUCAGAUGACGCGUCUGGUGAAUUUGUCGUGAUUAAAACAGAUUUGGAUGAGGAAGAAGAUCCUCCUCUUUGGAGGAUAGAUGGAAAAACAUUGCUUCAAAAAUACCAACCAUUCAAAUCCAAUGGAAAAACUUUAUACAGAAACAUACCUACGUAUUCUGCAUGGGUUUCACAAAAUCGUCACAUAUACCAACAAGUGCCGGUGAAAUUCUGGCAGCAGGGCAAGACUGAGACAAUAGUGGAAUUUUUGAAGGAUGAGAUGAUCAUUGAUGAUAGCAAUCCAUUCGUCCGUCCAUUCUCGCACUUCUUCAAUAUUUCGGAAGCGUGUAUCACUCAAGCCGUGCUGCAUUGAUCUGAACAAUCAGAAGGCGCUAUGUUUGGUGAGUACGCUGGGUGAGGAAGAGUUUCCCAUUUGAGCUGCGUCGGUGUUUCCUUGACGAUUUUUGCAGUGUGUGGCUGAACGUUAUCGUGAAGGAGAAUAACUUUGUGUUUCUUACUCGCUAUUGGUGGUCUUUUUUGCAACAGGUCAUCACUCAAUUUGUUCAAUUGACGUUUUUAGACAUCGGUAGUAACAGUUUCGUUCGGUUUUAGCAACUCGUAGUACAGUACUUCUUGCUGAUCUCACCAAAUGCAAAACAUCUUAUGACCGUGGAUGUUCCGUUUUGGUUGCGAUGUUGAUAGUUGUCCUGGGUCUACCCAUGAUUUCUUGCGUCUGGGAUUGUCGUAGUAGAUCCACUUUUUAUCGCCAGUUACAAUACGCCACAGAAAACUCUUUUUUUUUGUCUAGCAAGCAAGGAAAUGAUAUGAAUUGAAUUGAUAUUGGAAUGGUUGUAAAUGGCACUUUCAGACAAUUUAUGUGGUACCCAUUUUCCUUCCUUUUGGAUUUUUCCCAUGGCGUGUAAACGUUUGGAAACAGCUGCUUCAGUAACUCCUAGCUUAUUUCCAAGUUCUUCUAAUGUUCGAGCUGAGUUUUCAUACAAUAAUGUUAGCAAUUCAUUAUCUUCGAAUUCUUCCGGCUGUCCUGAGCAUGGUUUGUCAUUGACAUUAAAAUCAUUACUUUUAAAUUGUCUAUACCACUCUUUACAUGUUGUAUGCGAUGGAGCUUGAUCACCAUAACUUUCUUCAAGUAAUCGAUGAACUUCUGCUACACUUUUUCACAAAUCAAAGUAGUGCAAAGCACAUGUCGAAAAAACACUUCAUCGCGUUCCAUUUUUUACAAAGCAAAAAAAUUUUCGUUUAAGCAAAUAAUAGUGUGUGCUGACUGAAUGUUAGCAAAAAAUAUCAAAACUAAGAAAAAAGUACCAGAUGCGUUAAUAAUAACUGGUACAACUGUUUACAUCGCCAUCCAACAUUUUCAGGCAGAAACUAAGUUAAGGUCUUAAUACAAAAUCAUAUCUCGUAAAACGAAGUUUUAGUAAGACCAUUAGUAAAAUAAUAUAACAACACUGAUUAAUUUUAAAUUUUAUAAUGUAUUUAUAUUACUGCUGUCACGGAAAACUGUGAUUUUAAGUUAAUAAAUCACGUUUUUCGUGACGGCAGUAAAUAUUAAUCCGCUAUAAGAUUUUUGAAUUUUAAGUUACUGUUUUUACACCCUUUAGUGACUUUAACACAACACUUAUUUUGUUAACAUUAUAUUAUAUACUUAUCCAUAAUGUAAUAAUUGUAAUUUUUUGAAGAUAAUGUUAAUGCUUAACAUCUUUGACAAUACAGAAAUCCAAAAGGCAUUAUAAAAAUAUUCCUUAGACGUCUUUUUGGACAUCUUUACAACAUUUUUCCUGAUCGUAAAAACGAAGUUGUCGUUGAACAGAUAAUUUAAUUCCCUUUAUUUUUGCUUUAAACUAUUUUUACGUAUCUUUCACCUGUGUUGAACUAGAAUGGAAAAUAUAGAAACGCUUUUUCCAGUCCGAUUUGAAAUUACUGAUGUCAAAUUAAACUUGGUCCAAAUCAGACAUUUCCAUUUUGAUCGACUAUUAAAUAAAAUUUUAAAAGAUUUUAAUGUAUUUUUUUGUAUUGAAUAAAAACGAGCAAUAUGAUAGUAAAAAAUAAAAAUUUUAUUAAACAAAAAACAAAUUAGUGACAUAUAUAAUUAGACGUUUUCCGAUCAUGUUAUGAUAUUGUUAUUAUAUAAUUACAGUUGAAAUCGAUAAAAUUCAAUUAUUCCGAGUCUGAUAAUUCAUAAUAUUUUACUAGUUUAGCAUUUCUAUUAGAGUCAGUUAAGUGAAAACGAGAUAGACUGUAUAAUGAGCAUGGUACGGACGUUAGUAAUCCUUUUCUGUGUGUUUAUGGACUUGAUCUCUACUGGGAAUUAGGGGAGAACGACGCGAAUGUUCAUCGCUGUGUUAUUUGUUUGUUAGAUGUGCUCGAAGUGAGGUCAGCGCGUCGUGUGUUUGUCCGACAUUACUAUGGAGGCCAGGAAAGAAGAACAGUGAGGUGUAGUGCGAUUUUUGACUGCGGAAGGGGUGUCAGGAAAUGCAAUUUAAGUUCAAAUGUCUGCUGUGUAUGGCGAACACAGUAUGUCACGUGCGCGUGUAUUUGCGUGGAAUAAACGAAUUCGAGAAAAUCGUUUAUUUCACGCAAAUACACGCACACGUGACAUACUGUGUUUGUCAUACUCAGCAGACAUUUGGGUUUGAAUUGCACUUGCUGACAUCUCUUCCGCAGUCAAAAACCGCACUACACCUUACUGUUCUUUCCCGGCUUCCAUAGUGAUGUUGGACGAACACACGACGCGCUGAUUUUACUUCGAGCACGUCUAAUAAACAAAUGACACAGCUGUGAAUAUUCGUGCCGUUCUCCCCUAAUUCUUAAUAGAGGUCACGUCCAAAAACACACGGAAAAGGAUUACUAACGUCCGUACUAUGCUCGUUAUACAGUCUGUCUUGUUUUUAUUUGACUGACCCUAAUACAAUCGAAUUUGGUCGAUUGAUCACCAAUGCUACGAUCAGGUUGCGAUUCCGAUUUAAAAGUCCUAAAUGAUUGCUAUUUUUAAAUUCUACACUUGUUAAGGAUUGUAGCAAAUUACAGUCAAAUUAGAUUCACGCGAUUAUAUAUUAAGUAUCCUUCUUUGUAAUUCCGUUUGGCAAAUCGUUUACGCUUAUUCAAAAUUAAAGUAUUUCAAAUUGUUUAUUUUCGUCUCGCUUAUAACGAUUAUUCUCCUUAUUCUUAUUAUAAACAUCGAAUCGUUCGAAAUCAGUCUCGUUUGCAUGAGUUUUCCACGUGAGCCGAUUUCAAAACAUAUUUACGGGUGUGUUGAAACCCUAUAUUCGCACACAGAAAAAGCGUGAAGCGGUUUCCGACUGAACGUUCUAGAACAUUGGUUACCCUUUUCGGCUAGAAAAAUUUGGGAACGAGCCGAAUUUCUACUGAUUUUCGGGCACAAGCUCUAGCGAAGUCAUUCGAACGAGAUCGCGUUCGCGAAGUGAGUCAUCGAACAACUGAGCCGAACUUUAAGUGAGAACUGAUGUGAUAACAUACACUCGCGCUAGUGCACAAUUAUUAAAACAUUUAUUGUUAACAACUAGUGCGAGCGGACGAGAACGCGACUCCAACUUACCGCUGAGAAAGUCUUGCGUUUACAUCGUUAUUUGACGAUCGGAGAUCAUUCUCCGCGUGACGUGCGCGAGUGCGUUAUUGAUUUUGAGCAUAUCUCAUGUUUUACUUGUGAUUGCUCUUUAAACAUUAAUUGACAUUAAUAAAUUGAGUUUAUUUGAGUGUGUGUAAAGACUCUGUGAAUGUAUUUGAGAAUUCUCACUCUAUCUCUCCCAUGUCGACUCCUAAUCGUUAAUCUCAUUUUAUUCCUUAAAAUUGCUACUUCUUGUUCUUGCUCGCGUUUUCUCAUUUCCAUAUACACUUAUCCUC